AUUCCAAAAAUUUCAUACAUAUUGUAGAUAACAUGUAUUCAUUCGAUGGGGAAGUAAUUAUGAGAUUAGAAAAUGUGGAUCUGCAAAAAAUGAAGAGAAUUUCUAAAAUUGCAGAGGAGUAGAAUUAAAUGGCUAUGUAAUAUGGUGGCUUCAUUUUGGAGAUAGAAAAAAUACUCUAUGAUCCUUAUAAAUAUAUCAUGUGUAUAAAAUAUAAGGACCAUAUUUGUUUAAAAAAAUUGGAGUACAACUAAUUUAUGGAUGAAUAAACAAAAUACUUGCUUAUCAAUUAAGCUUGUGUAUUACUUAAGAUCUUAUCUCAAAUAUCAUCUUAAUAAUAAAUAAGCCAGAAAUCAUCCGAAUAAGAAAUAUCUUAACACUUGGGCUAACUCUUAUUCAAUAGCUAAAACUUUUUUCUGAAUGGUGCAAACGAAAUAUUAGCCAUCACCUUUAUUUCGGAUAACUUAUGGACUAACUCAGAAUAAACUCACACCUAUAGAAAGGCAAUUGCAAGGUUAAUGGAAAUUAUAAUUGAGCAUCCAUAAGGAAAUUUGGGCGAAGACAUCUAAGCCUUUUUCAACGAACAAAUCUAAGAAUUAAAAUAAGAUAAUUUCAAUAUCUAUUAUUUUUUCUCGAACUACUGUGAAAUGUAUGAUGAACUUCAAUAAAAUUCUUAAUAAACAAUGCCUACUUUACCAAAAGAAUUACUCAACGAGGCAUGGUUUAAUCAAGCUAGCGCUAUCCUUACUGAAUAGCCAUUAUAAUUUAUAUUUAAAAAUAAAAUGAUUGACUAAAAAAAAUAUUAAUAACAAGCCCGAUUGUGUUGCUCUUAAGAAAAUUUUGACCCCAAUUAUUUUUAUUAUUUUGAUUAGCGAAGGUUGGUACUUUAUAGAGAAUAAAAUCGUAAUAAAAAUAGCAUUGAUAGAGUAAACAAGUUGGAUAAAGUACUUAACCUAUAUAAUUUGAUUUCUGACUUGAUUGAAGGAUUUUAAUUAGAUAAAAUUCCAACUUUAGAAAAAUAUGAUCCUACAGAAUAAUAUUUCGUAUUAUAUCAUGUUGAAAACCAUUUUAGUUAAAAUGGAAAUAAAGAUUAAGUGAGAGACUUCAGGAUAUAUUUCUCAUAAAUAAUUCAUAGAUUAAAUAAAAUAGAUCCAAAAGAGUUUGAAUUUAAUUAAAUUAAAAAGGAGAUUGACACUGGCUAUAUUAACAAAGAAAGAAAUAAAAUGCUAUUUUGGCUUGAGCUAGAGAAUAAUAAGAUUAUAGACCAGUUUAUAUAAUAUUAAACUCUGAAGUAAUAAGGUUAGAUGAUGGCACUAAAAGACCUAAACAAAGUUAUAGGAGUAGACUAGUUCAAAAUUAGUUACUUUAUUAAAGCUCAAGAUCAUUCUGGGGGAGUUCAGAUAGGAUAUGCAAUUGAUGAUUUAGGCAAUUAUUAUAAAGGGAUUUUUUAGAAUGGGUAACUUUAUUUUGGAGAUAUCUUAUAAGUUUCGUAGAAUCAAUAAUAGAUCACAUGGUACGAGAAUGUAAGUUAUUAAAAUAAAAUAAUUUUUGGGGAUAAUUGCAAAAAGACAGUCUAUAAUUUGAAAAGCAGAGGUUAUUAAGAAUUAGAGUUUUUUCGUGGUAAUUUGAGGAAUGGAUAAUAUCAUGAAUAGGGAUAUCUAAAAUAAUAAAGCAAAAAUUAAAAGUAUGAAGGUAAAUGGGUUAAUGGGUUAUUUGAGGGAUAAGGAACUUUGACCAUACUUAAUUGUGACAACAACAAAUUAGGUUACACAAAGUAUGUAGGGAAUUUUCAUAAAGGGGAAUUCCAUGAUCAACAAGGAAUAUUUUAUCUUGAUGAUAAAUUCACCUAAUCGGAAAAAAGAAACUUCUAAAAUGGCUAACAAAUAGGCAAAGCUAUUAGAUAGGGAAAGAGAAGUAUAAGUUUUUAAUAGAUCUUUAAUUGA